CGUGGGCCCGGCGCCGCCUCCCGCGUCCCACCCCCUCUGGCCACCCCCCGCGGGGAACUGGGAUAAGUGGCAGCGCGGACGCCGCGCCCUGUUGCCGCGGAGCCAGCGGCGCGCAGCUCUCCGGCCCGGGCCCGCUGCAGACGAGGACCGCGCUCGCGGAUGCGACAGUGGCGCUCGUGGCCCCGGACCCGAAGAUCCUUUCAGAAUGCCAGAGGAAGGUUCCCCCCGGCGGACCCCACAGAGUGUCCCAUACCAGGACAUCCCUCACCUGGUCAAUGCUGACGGACAGUACCUUUUCUGCAGGUAUUGGAAACCCUCAGCUACACCCAGGGCCCUGGUCUUUGUGUCCCACGGAGCCGGGGAGCACUGUGGCCGCUACGAGGAGCUGGCUCGGAUGCUGGUAGGGCUGGGGCUGCUGGUGUUCGCCCAUGACCAUGUUGGCCACGGGCAGAGCGAGGGAGAGAGGAUGGUGGUAUCUGACUUCCAGGUGUUCGUCAGGGACGUGUUGCACCACGUUGAUGUCAUGCAGAAGGACCACCCACAGCUCCCAGUCUUCCUUCUGGGCCACUCCAUGGGAGGUGCCAUUGCCAUCCUCACGGCUGCAGAGAGGCCAGGCCACUUCUCCGGCAUGGUUCUGAUCUCUCCACUGGUUCUUGCCAGUCCUGAGUCUGCAACAACUUUCAAGAUCCUUGCUGCGAAAGUGCUCAACCUUGUCCUGCCAAACAUGUCCCUGGGCCGGAUUGACGCCAGCGUGCUCUCCAGGAAUAAGACAGAGGUGGACCUCUACAAUGCAGAUCCACUUAUCUGCCGGGCAGGGCUGAAAGUGUGCUUCGGCAUCCAGCUGCUCAACGCCGUUUCACGGGUGGAGCGGGCCCUGCCCAAGCUGACCUUGCCCUUCCUGCUGCUCCAGGGCUCUGCUGACCGCCUGUGCGACAGCAGAGGGGCCUACCUGCUCAUGGAGUCCGCCAAGAGCCAGGACAAGACACUGAAGAUUUAUGAGGGUGCCUACCACAUUCUCCACAAAGAGCUUCCUGAGGUGACCGAUUCCGUCUUCCGUGAGAUAAAUACAUGGGUCUCCCAAAGGACAGCGGCUAUGGGGACAGGGUCCCCACCCUGAGCGCCAUGGCCAGUGGCAGGCCACAGUCAGGGAAGCGGGCAAAGGAGGGGCAGGAGCUGGCUUCUCAGAUGUGGCUCGCCAAAAAAACAAAAAUCACGAAUUAGAGGAAUCCCCAGCACAGUUUACUAAAAAACAAAAACAAGACAAUCCUGUCACAUAUCAGGCUGUCCGCCUGAAUCUGCCUUACGGGGUGGACAUGUGAUGCAGAAAUAGAAGGUCUCAGACCUCUGAGAGAGCAGAGCCCGCCCCGCCUCCUUCCCGCAGGUCGUCACCAGGCAGCAAUAAGGGAGGGCCGUGCCCUCCCCACCCACCCCAGGGCCUGGGCGGGCCGUUCUCAGGCCGUGGGACAUGGGGUGGCAUCCACUCCCUGGGCAGAUGCCGUGCCCGCUUAGACCCAGAAAAUACCCGCACCUUCUUAGAAUGCUCCCCACCCCCGCCCAAGUCAUGUCUGCUCCUUGUCUUGGGAGCCGGGGUGGGCUGGGGGCAGUGGGGCUAGGAGCCCAAGGAGAAGUUGCGGGCCUCUCUACGUGGGGCCUCAGGGCGGCCUUUCCCCGCUGCCUGGUGUUAGCUGACAGUGAUGUUGCUAGUGGAGUGGCUGAUAUGUAACGUGUGCUCUGAAGCAGGGGUUUGAAGGCGUGGACGCCUGACACCCCCUGUAGCCCUGAGAGCUCAGUGGGGCUGGCCUGUCCUGGGUCCUCCUGCCUGGCCUUGGCACAGCUGGCGGCACAGCUACCUCUGGUGGCCAGAGAGAGUCCCAACGUGGCAGCCUUGCCCACAGCUGCAGGCCUGAGUCCCCAGCAGCCCUUCUGCCUUUCUUGGUGCCGAGCCUGCCCCCAGCCCCUGGCCCUCACUCAUGCCAGCAAUAAACAAGUCCCUGCCCACCCAGGGUACUUUCACUUUUAGAUGAGGCCCCAUUGCAGGUGUGAUCGUGGGGGGUGCAGAGCUGCUGGGGGCCUUGAACCCAUGGAAGGUGCAGUCCUGAGGCCCCAAGGCCCCAGUGAGGCCUCUGCCCUGCCGGGCCCUCUGACACGGAACCUGAAGGCCUGGGCUCCCCGCAUGGCAGCAGGAGUUGCUGCCCUGCCCACACCCUGUGCCUCCGGGCUGGCUCUGGGUCCACCCUCAGGGACCCUCAGGGAAGGGUGUGCUUGAGGGGGUCUCUGUGCUCUUCUGCCCCUGACCUUUGGGAGGGAAAGGCCCCCAGGCACCCACCCUGGGAACAGGGCCCAGGUCCCCAUAGAGAGUGCUUUGUCGCCCCUUCUUAUUUCUCUGGCGUCUCUUUGGAGGAGGAAAAGUGUAGACAAUGCACUGAGUGAGGUGAGCCUGCCUGGUCAGCAGGGCAGCCUUGAGGAGGUUUCUGCUCCUGGGCCAAGCAACAGCAGGAACUCCAUCACAAACCCCAAACUGCCAGAUGCCCCGCAGCCAGGCCUGGAAUUGUCGCCGAGCUGUGCCAACACAGGUCACGGGAGUCCCCACACCUCCCGCCCUGCCUCUCCCAAAAGCAUGCAUGGCAAGGCCAUUUCCCAAAUUAAAUACUAGGCACGUGGUUUGACCAGGAAUCUUUCAAUGCAUGAAUUUAUUUAUAUGGAAGCCCUUACAGAGACUUAGUUGCAUUUACAGAUCUGGUUAAAGAAUUGCCUAUAUUGAAAAGGGACGUUAUUUGAACAGGACUGUUUCCUAGCCUGGGGUCGGGCAGGGGGCACAGUCUGGUGGCUGCCAUGCGUCUGGAAGCCACACCUUCCCAUCCUUGCUGCCCAGCGAAUCUAGAAUCGAGGUCAUCCUCAAUGAUGGCGGCUCCAUGCUGGUCAGCUGCUACCUGCCAGCAUGUGGUUGUCUGUGUGAGCGUCAGGGCCCUGCCUGUACCGUGGUGCAGGGGAGCUGGGUUUGGGAAGGAAGCCGGUCACACACAGCCUGGCCUCGAGAUGAAGAGAGGACAGAGGCCAGGGAGGGGCCCUGGACAUGCAGUUAUGGUGGUUGCAAACUGCCAAAUUGCACCUGGGUGGACAGAUGUGCUGAUGGGGCCCCUGGUUCCAGGCCCACCUGUGAGCUCCGCACCACCCUGUAACUCAGAGGCCCUGCUGGGCACGCGGAAAUGGUUUCAUGCCUGAACAUCUUUGUAGGAAAAGAUGCUGCCUGCAGCCACUGGAGGCUCUACCCCACCAGGGUUGCUUUUCAGGGGUGGAGGUUGGGUGGGCAUUGGUGACCACAGCUUUUCCUCAGUCCUGGGAGCCCCCUGCAGGGCCCCACCCUCCCUUUUCUUUCCCUCACAAAUUAUUAACAUAAAACCAUUAGGAUCACAAGGAUUUUGUUACCGCCACUGCAGCCCAGCCACAUGCUAUGUGUAGGACGCUUGUAUCAGCUUAGACCAUUUAAGGACCAGCACACGCCACAUCUAGUUCUAAUAAACCAGAUGUUUUCUGA